GAAAGGAGUCAUAUAUCCGACCCUACAUGAUCAAAGAACCGCUAAUUCACUCCUCUCAUCUUUCUAUGUACUAAACAAAAAAACACGCCGUUGUUAAUGACUUGGAGCCUAUUCCUGCGGCGCGUUGCCGCUUGACUCUAAAACUUUUUUGACUUUUCACUACUUAUCAAUGUCACUCAUUACUGACGCCAUGAUUUGGCAUUUAUGAACGCAUAGCAUAUUCAUUUCCUAACAGCAUAGCGAUUUUUAUUAUUACUAUUUAAUAUUUAAUACUUAAUACUUAAUAUUUCUUUUUUACCUAUAUUAUACAUUAAUCUCACUAACUUAUAUAAUACGGCGGGAGAUAUUCCUCAUCAAAAGGAUCACGGAACAGGAGACAGAUGGUAGACGAACGUCACCGUCACCGAAGCGCGGGGUCGCCCCGUAAAAGUAGUUUCACUGCCGGCCUAAAGCGCAAUAACAGCAGCGGCAGUAUAUUUUCGAGGGUCCUUGGGAGUUUUCGACAUAAGAAUAAUGGGGAUAAGGGGAAGAAGACGUCGGCGCAAGAUAAAGAGGAGCGGCAGGAUUGGAUGGCCAACUAUAAAGGCACACAUCACCCAGACCGGCCGCUUGUAGAUAAGCGUACUCAGGAGGUGGUAUCUGAUGAAGAGUACGCCGCGCGGCUCGGCUGGGUACGGGAGAAGAGCCAUAUUCGUUACGACCUGAGCGACCCCGGCGGACCGCCGCAGGCCCCUGUGCCUAAUUUUAGUUAUUCGUCGAUGAGCCCGAGGAGCCAUAGGACGAGCUUUGUAUUCCCGACGUUCACCAAGACGGGGCAACCAUCUCGCGAUCGGGCACCAUCAAGAGAGAUCUCUCCUACGAACCCGGGCGUAGCCUCUCCGAUACUACCUGGCGUUGGGACGAUACGAAUAUACAAUGCGAGUGCCUUAGAUAGAGGCCCUAUCAUCCGGUAUAGCGAGGGUUCCGGGAGACUUAGAUCUCCGCCGCCAAGGAAGAUGUCCGACGGCAGACAACCUUCUGGGAGGCGUGGCUCACGGGCUUCGAUGCUCGGAGAGAAGAGAACCAUGGCUGGUAUCGAUAUAACUGAUCCGCCGAAGCGCGAGCCCAAGACGUCGGCAUAUAACGGCUCUUCUGCCAGCAAGCACACACCCGGCCUCAUCCUAAACUCGUCGCCAACUUUACCCUCAGGACCACAAACAUGUCCCUGGCGCGGCUGCCACGCCGUCCUCGGAACUGCGCAAGAGAAAAAGGAUAACCUCUGCACUAUAUGCCACGAGGCCAUAUAUCCCCGGGAAAGCGCAUUCUUCGACCCGCCUCCGCCUCCGCGCGCCGUCCCGGAUACCCAUCUCGAGACGCUACAUGCUCUCACCGGCUCUCCUACUACUGCUGACGCCGGGCACACCCAAGCCCGCACUAUCCGCAGACGGCCUGCUGGCCUCGACAAGCGUUCUAGCGUCGAGGGUUUCAAGUUACAACCCGCGCCGCGGGGGAAGAGGCGGCAUAUUGCCGAAGCGCGGAGGAGUAGUGCCGGUGAUGAUAGUGAUAGCGAUAGUGACACCGGCAGCGAGAAGGAGAGCGGGAACGAAACAGGCAGGUCGGUCUGGAGUGCUUUCUCCUCCUCGGACCACGAGCAACAGACUAGCCCCGGGACCCAAGACGCCGAUUCGUUCUCUCCACUGCACGAGGGGAUUUUCGGAAGCAGCCCUAGAAUUAGAUCUUGGGGUAUCAGGUUCUCCGAAGGAGUUAAGAACGAUGGAAGUGAUCACAUGGACGAGAACGGUAACAAAGGGGAAGAAGGAGAAGAAGAAGAAGAUGAAGAACUCAUUUCUCCACAUACCAAAGCACCCAGCGAUAAAUCCUGGACAACAGACGAUUACUCCACCUCCAGCAGCAGCAACAACAAUAGCAACGAGGACCUAAUGUUCCCAUUCUCCGACCCCGACAUGGAAACAACGCGAGAGCUCUACCCGCCUCCGCUACUCCAAAACGGCGAGCGAGCAGCAGCCCACCAGCCGCGGCGGCCGAGCCAGCUCUACCACCGCCCCAGGGACACGCUGCUGUAUAGGGACAUCGAGGAUAUAAUCGACUGCUACGCGGACCCCGAGGAGACUACGACGGGGACGGCGGAGCACAGGCACGAGAGCCGCAAGGCCGAUGCCGUCGGGUCGUACUUUGUCGCAGGCGGAUCGGAGGCGGAGGAGAUGAGGAGGAGGGGGUUUAUCUAGGUAGGAACAUGC